AUGAUGGGGCGGUAUCGAUUCCUGUCGUUGACGGCGUUUCUGGCCACUUCUCAGGCCAUCUGGCAGGAGGCCACGAUCAAUUUCGAAGGGCACGGCUUGGAAUUGGCUGCUCCGGGCUCUUCUCCUCAAAUUCAAUGUGCUGAUAACGACUCUCCAGGCGUGCUGAAGGCUUGCAAUGACCUUGCCGCAGACUUUGGUCGCGUAACAGGAAGCAAUGGUGGCUUACGUUUGGUCGCCGGAGACGAAGCAGGUCGAUCCAACACAAGUUUGAUCCUGGCUGUCAACAACAAGACUUCAUUCGAGCUUGAAAGCGCGUCUGCUACUGGUGCAACGGUCAUUGCAGGCACAAUUGGCCACUCUCACGUCAUCGACGACUUGGUUCAGCGAGGUGUCAUCGAUGUCAGUGAGAUACAGGAUGACUGGGAGUCGUACAUUUCAGUUCUCGUGGACAACCCAAUCGACGAUGUAGCGCAGGCUUUGGUCAUCGCAGGUUCUGAUAGGCGUGGCACCAUCUUUGGUAUCUACAGCAUCUCCGAACAAAUUGGUGUCUCGCCUUGGCACUUUUGGGCAGAUGCCCCUGGCCAGAAGCAUGAUCAAAUCUACGCGAGCAACGUCUCCGUGACCCAAGGACCGCCGUCUGUCAAGUAUCGAGGUAUCUUCAUCAAUGAUGAGGCCCCAGGCCUCACUGGCUGGAUCAUGGAUAAUUUCCCACCGGGCGAGUAUGGACCCGGCUUCAACGCUGAAUUCUACUCAACCGUUUUCGAGCUGCUGCUCCGACUACGAGCAAACUACCUGUGGCCAGCCAUGUGGAACAGCAUGUUUAAUGUCGACGAUCCGAGGACCCAGCCACUUGCCAACGACUAUGGCAUCGUCAUGGGUACUUCACACACUGAACCGAUGACCAGGGCAACAAAAGAGUGGACCGAGUUCGGCGAGGGCGAGUGGUUCUGGGGUACCAAUAACGCCUCCAUAUACGAGUUCUUCGUCGACGGCAUAGAGCGAAGCCAGAACUACGACAAUGUAGUCACUGUCGGCAUGCGAGGGUAUCACGACACUCCCAUCAGCGAUGACAUCCAGACCGAGCUACUCGAGGCUGUCGUUGCUGCUCAGACUGAGAUUCUGGAAAGGUUCCAUGGCGACGCGUCAACAGUGCCUCAAUUGUGGUGUCUUUACAAGGAAGUUCAGGGCUACUAUGAACAAGGAAUGCAGGUCCCAGAUUAUAUCACACUGCUCUGGGCUGAGGACAACUAUGGAAAUAUCAGGCGUCUCCCUGUUGGAAAUGAGACGGCACGCAGUGGAGGAGCUGGCGUGUACUAUCACUUUGACUACGUCGGCGAUCCCCGAAACUACAAGUGGAUCAGCACGACCAAGUUGACCAAGACUUGGGAGCAGAUGAGGCUCGCAUAUGAGAGGCAGGCGCGAGAAAUCUGGGUUGUCAAUGUUGGAGAUCUCAAGCCUGUGGAACUACCUAUCAGCCACUUUCUCGACAUGGCAUACGAUAUCUCACGAUUCGACAAGGACAGUACACCAGCAUACCUGCAACAAUGGGCAGCUCGUGAGUUCGGACAAGAUGUGGCUGCAGAAACUGCCGAGGUGAUGUACGCCUACGGGAAGCUAUCGAGCCGCCGCAAAUUCGAACUGGUGGAUCCUAGCACAUAUAGCAUCCUCGACUACAGCGAGGCAGAUCGCGUCCUCGAAGAGUGGCGUGACGCUCAACGCCAGGCUCAAGCCAUCUAUGACAGUUUAUCAGAUGAUGCGAAGCCGGCAUUCUUCGAACUGGUCUACCAUCCAGUCACGGCCGGAGCCAACUACCACGACAUCAUGAUUUCUGCCGCCCUCAACAAUUUGUACGCAGAUCAGGGCCGCAACAGCGCGAACGACAUUGCAGAUCGUGUUCGAGAGCUUUUCACGAAGGAUCAGCAAUUAACAAAGCAAUAUCACGAAUUGCUCGACGGCAAAUGGAAUCACAUGAUGGACCAAACGCAUAUCGGCUAUUCCUACUGGCAGCAGCCUAUGAGACAGGUACUCCCACCAUUGAGAUACGUGGCCAGUAUGGAGCGCUCGCUUGUCGGCGACAUGAAGGUUGCCAUUCAAGGAUCAAAUGCCUCAGUCCCUGGGGAUGAUCGCUGGCACAGCCUAGGUUCGAAUGCGCUGACCAUGAAUCCUUACAAUCGCUACGGCCAAGCACAAUGGAUCGACAUCUUCCAGGUUGGCACGCUACCAUUUGAGUGGUCCAUAAGUGCCAAUGCGACCUGGCUAAACUUCUCGCAGAGCUCUGGCUCUCUGGCUCCUGAGGAUCCAGAUGUCCGUGUUUGGGUCAAUGUCGACUGGGAGAACGUCCCUGAUGAGGUGCAUCACCUUGUUCAGGUCAACAUCUCCAGAUCGGAGGACAAUUCCACACAAUACCUUCAGCAAGCUCUGUACGGCGCGCAGUUCAACAUGCCUCAGCUAUGGCUCAACAUUAACAAUACUCGAAUUCCAGAUGAUUUCACGAACGGCUUCGUAGAGAGUGACUCGGUCUUGUCGAUCCAGCUGGAGCACUGGAGCGAGAUUGUCAACAGUUCCGAUGCCGUCACAUACGAAGUCAUCCCUAGCCUCACAAAGACAGGCAGCGGUGUUACGCUGUCGAACGUCACGGCCAACUCGCAGGACGUUGCUGCUGGCCCUGCUCUGCGAUACAAUCUCUACACUUUCACUGAAGGCAUCAACAGCACCAAUAUCACGAUACUCACUACGCCUUCUCUCAACACGAAUCCAACACGGCCGCUUCGAUACGCCGUCCAGCUUGACGACGAAGAGGUCCAAACUGUCCAGCCUGUAGUCGAUCAGCCCAAUGGUCAGAACCCGAAAGGCUGGUUGCAAGCUGUUGCGGAUAUGGCAUGGAAGAACACUUUGACAUUCGCAUAUUCGGGUCCCGGAGAACAUACGCUGACGAUCUGGGCACUGGAGCCAGCGUUAGUUCUAGGAAGUGCUUGGGUGGAUCUUGGUGGCUUGAAGCCGAGCUAUUUGGGCCCGCCAGAAAGCUUCAGAGUUGCUUGA